CUCCCAAACCUUAUAUUUCACCUCGUCUCCUCCACCUAUAACUCCCUCUCCUCCAUGGAACCUUACCUUCAGCUUCUGGGUACCUCCUCCUUGUUAAGGAAGAGGCGUCCCCAUUGAGCUCCCCUAAAUAAUAAUAACAAAAUACCAAAAAAAAUUUAAAGAACACAAAAAGAAGUCUCCUUUUUCGUUAAAUUUUUUCCCGAACCAAUUCCCUCCCCGAUCAUCUAUUACGUGUCUCCGAGAUGGGUAUGGAGGACCAGCUUCGCCCGCUCUGUUUCGCUCUCUUAUCGCUCCUGCUGCUGUCGUCCGCGGUUGCUGCUGCUAAGGAGAAGGGUGUCACCUACGAUGGGACUUCCCUUAUCAUCAAAGGGAAGAGAGAGCUCCUCUUCUCCGGGUCUAUCCACUACCCCAGGAGCACUCCCGAUAUGUGGCCGGACUUGAUCAGGAAGGCCAAGGCUGGAGGCCUGAACGUCAUCCAGACUUACGUCUUCUGGAACGUUCACGAGCCCGAAAAGGGCAAGUUCAAUUUCCAUGGGAACAAUGACUUGGUGAAGUUCAUCAAGUUGAUCGGGGAGAACAAUAUGUAUGUGACCCUCCGGGUUGGUCCCUUCAUCCAAGCUGAGUGGAAUCAUGGAGGCCUUCCGUACUGGCUCAGAGAGGUCCCUAACAUCAUCUUCCGAUCCGACAACCCGCCUUUCAAGUUUUACAUGGAGAACUUCGUGAAGAUGAUCAUCCAGAUGAUGAAGGACGAGAAGUUGUUCGCCUCACAAGGUGGCCCCAUCAUCCUGUCUCAGAUUGAGAAUGAAUACAACCAUGUCCAACGCGCAUACAGAGAUGCCGGGGAUCGGUACGUCCAGUGGGCAGGAAACAUGGCCGAGGGAACCAAAACUGGUGUCCCGUGGAUCAUGUGCAAGCAGACCGACGCUCCAGAUCCCGUGAUCAAUGCAUGCAACGGAAGGCACUGUGGGGAUACCUUCACCGGCCCGAACAGGCCAUACAAGCCAAGUCUGUGGACCGAGAACUGGACUGCUCAGUACAGAGUGUGGGGCGACCCACCAUCCCAAAGGGCUGCUGAGGACAUUGCCUACUCAGUUGCUCGGUUCUUCUCAAAGAACGGAACACUCACCAACUACUACAUGUACCACGGUGGGACCAACUUUGGUCGGACGAGCUCCAUCUUCACAACAACCCGCUACUAUGAUGAGGCUCCUCUCGAUGAGUUCGGUCUUCAGAGGGAGCCUAAGUGGAGCCACCUGAGGGACGUGCAUAAGGCUCUGAAGCUCUGCAGGGGCGCUUUGCUCUCUGGCGUUCCUCACACCAUCAAGAUCAGCGAUGAAUUGGAGAUUCGCUACUACGAGGUGCCUGGGACUAAGACUUGCUCGGCUUUCUUGACCAACAACAACACCAAGAUUCCUCAGGAGAUCGAAUUCCGUGGCGAGAAGUAUUUCCUUCCCCCACGAUCGAUCAGCAUCCUGCCCGACUGCAAGACUGUUGUCUUCAACACUGACACUAUUGUGUCCCAACACAACUCGAGGAACUUCGGCAGAUCCGAGAAAGCCAACAGUAUGAAGUGGGAGGUUUCAUCUGAGGUGAUUCCUGAUACUUCCAAGAUUUCCGUGGAUAGCAAGACGCCCAAGGAGCUGUACAGCUUGAACAAGGAUACCUCCGAUUAUGCUUGGUACACAACUACCUUGCAGGUGAAUCCUACCGAUUUGCCAUUCAAGAAGGGCGCUAUGCCAAUCCUCCGAGUGGCAAGUCUUGGUCAUGCAUUGCUUGCUUUCGUGAACGGCAAAUACAUCGGAACUGGCCAUGGAAGUCACAUUGAGAAGAGCUUCGUGUUCCAGAAGCCAAUCAACUUGCGCCCUGGGGCUAACCAGAUAUCCUUGUUGGCCUUGACAAUCGGACUCCCAGACAGUGGAGCCUACAUGGAACACCGUUUCGCAGGUCCUCGUCUCGUUACAAUCCUAGGUUUGAACACCGGAACUUUGGACUUGACCCUUAACGGCUGGGGCCACCAGGUCGGUUUGAAUGGGGAGAAGGUCAAGGCAUACACUCAGGGAGGAUCCCACCGCGUCCAAUGGACCAAAUCAAAGGGUGUUUCACCCCCUCUUUCUUGGUUCAAGACGUACUUCCAUGCUCCGGAAGGAAAAGACCCAGUUGCUAUCCGCCUCCCGAACAUGACUAAGGGAAUGGUCUGGGUGAAUGGGAAGAGCAUCGGGCGAUACUGGAACACAUAUCUGUCCCCUCUCCUUGAGCCCUCUCAAUCCGAGUACCACAUCCCGAGGGCCUUCAUCAAGCCUUCUGAUAACCUCCUUGUGGUGUUCGAUGAGGAAGGUGGCAACCCUGAAUCAAUCGAGAUCUUGACCGUGAAUAGGGACACAAUCUGCAGCUUCAUAGCUGAGAACCACCCACCGAACGUGAAGUCCUGGGGCGUUAAGAAAAGAAACAUGAGGCCCAUUGUGGACGAGGUGAGGCCGGCAGCCCGGCUCCAGUGCGCCAACCACAAGAGGAUCGUUGCCAUCGAGUUUGCCAGCUUUGGCAACCCCAUUGGCUCCUGUGGGAACUUUAUGAUCGGGAAGUGCAACUCUGCCAUCUCCAAGCAAGUCGUCGAGAAGCACUGCCUUGGGAAAGAGAGCUGCGAGGUACCGAUCGAGAGGAAUCUGUUCGACAAGAACGGAGACGGGUGCCCCGAUCUCAUGAAGACUCUGGCAAUUCAAGCAAGAUGCUCCCACUAGAGAAGCAUUUAGAGAGAUUGGAAAGGCAGCUUAUUUGGGUUUAAGAGGGAAAAAGGAAUUAUUUGAAUUGUAGACUUUUAGCAUUGCCAUUAAAAUUCAUUAUGUUCGUUCUUCUAAUUAAGAAAUGAAAUGAAAAUUUAAUUUAAAAAAUAUA